AUGGCUACCCAAGGCCCAGCGAGCGAUUUCACAGCUGCGAUUCAACCGCUUCUGGAGGAUCUCGCCCUUGCGGACCCGCAGCCAACCUUUACACUCUUCCCGAAGCUUCCCCCUGAGUUGCGCCUGAAGAUCCUCAAAGACGCGUUACCAGUCGGCCACAAAGGACGUCGUUUCAUUCGAGUCAAAGCCAGGAUCGGUGCUCUAUCACCGCGCUCAAAGGAUCCCUGCUGGUUCAUUGUGGACAACAACGCAUAUUCGCCAGAUGUCAAGGAUAUCGGCAUCCUGGGUGUGAACAAAGAGUUUCGUCACGUGUAUCUCCGCCACUUUGACAAGACCUUGAAAGCAAAGGGAGUAGGACUCAUCAGAUACCAUGAGAAUGAUAUCAUAUUCAUCUCCAACGUCGACACACUCAUGUGGAACAGAUCGUUGCGCGCCGUUAUCAAAGCGGGCUCUCGAAUCGAGGAUCUCUACAAUUCCUGCACCAACAUCGCAGUCCCCGUAAAGUACGUCAUUGAUUACCAUGAUAACCACACGAAGUGGUUCGGAGGUGACGCGCAUGUAUGCCCUCUCAAAUUCGUCGGCCCGUUCAGGAAGCUGAAGACGGCGGCGGCUGUGCUCAGUGAGAGCGACAUAGAGAAAUAUUCGGGGUUGUUGGGAAUUACGCCAGACGAGCUUCGAUUGAGAUGGUGGUGUUUUCUGAGUCAUGCGGAAAUGAAUAUGAGGGCAUGCAAGGAGGCGGAGGAGACUGGCAGCGGAAAGGCCGCCCCGGCGCUAUUGCUCUUGAAUGAGGAUGGGGAAGUCGUGGAAGGAAAGAGAUGUACAGAGAACAAAUGUUUCAAUGAGGAGUGA